AUGGCCGAUUCGUCAACCAAGAGAGGAUUGGAGCAACAACUGGAAAGUGCAGCAGAAAAGAAAUCACCAGAUCACAAGAAAGCAAAGAAAGACAAGAAAGAGAAAAAAGAGAAGAAGGACAAGAAAUCCAAACAAGAGAAACGAGCAGAAGAAGCCGAACACUGGAGAAGCCAAGUCAGCAAUACACCACGUCGACCCCACACAGAAAACCUCUUCCAGACUUCACCUGCCAGAAAAGAGACAGUCAGAACACAUUCAGAAGCCAGAUCAUUGGUCUCAAGGGCAAGCACUACAACAGAAACAUACACCGGAGACCAACGACUUCGUGCAGCAGAGCAGGACAUCAAUGACCUUUGGAAUGACACCAGCAUUCUAUUCAGCGGCAUGAAGCAAAUUCAGAAACAGCAAGCAUACCUCAUGCAAAGAGACGCCGCUCAGGCGAGAAAAGAAGCAAGCACCCAGGCCAUCAUUACCAACUGGCCCCCGCACACCCAAGAGCAAGAUAGAGACAGAAUCAUUGAGUGGCUUGUCGGCCGCGCCAACAUCCCAAACCGUGAGUUCGUCCACGCCUCACAUAGAGUACAAGAAGAGGCAAUGUCCAGGAUCACGAUCCUACACUUUCGCAGUGUUUGGUCUACCAAGAAAUUCCUUGAGACUAUGAAGAAAGUCGCUUCAGGAAGAAACCCGCUCCCUUACUGGGAAGAGAACAACACAGUACCACAAGACAGCAACGGCAGACCCUUCCACCUACAGAUCCGACAACAGAUUUGCACGCCCGACCGCAUCAAAAGCAUACCGCUGAAAGCCUUCCUCCAAGUCAUCAACGAUACAGCCAGCUGCACCUACCACAACCAGACCCACAACAUGUACAAGAACUGGGCGGCGCACGUGGUCUCCAACGAUGAAGGCAACCUACUCAAGUGUGUGUUUAACGACACGGAAGGCACACUGAAGAUGUUGAUCCGUGAGGACCUCUUCAAUAUGGUAGAGGAUGGCAUCGAAGCAGCAUGGAAGAAAGUAAUGAACAGACCUUCGGACGAGGAGUUCGCCAACAGGAAAGGCAAAGGAGGAGGAAAGGGAAAGUCAACACCAACACGGCAAGAAAGAGGAAUACAAGAUUACCUCUACAAGGUCUACUUGGUGAAGGCGCACCCCACACAUGAAGAAGAAAUGGACCCAUAG